AUGUUUGUUGCGGCGACUGAGAGUGCCGCACUGUGGCGCUGCAAGUCAUGCGGCAAGGAGGUGUCCAACCGCUGGCACCAUUUCCACUCGCACACAGCGCAGCGCUCCCUCUGCCCCUACUGCCCCGCCACCUACAGCCGCAUCGACACCCUGCGGUCUCACCUCCGCCUCAAACACGCCGCACUUCUGCUAAAACAUUAA